AUGCCGCUGGUCGGCGAGCGCGACGCGUGCGGCGUCGGCUUCCUCGCCGACACCAAGGGGCGCAACAACCACGACAUCAUCGCACGGGCGUUGCACGCGCUGAGCUGCAUGGAGCACCGCGGCGGGUGCGGCGGCGACCGCGUGUCGGGCGACGGGGCGGGCGUGAUGACGGCGGUGCCGUGGGGCCUCUUCGAGGCGGACGGCUCGCUCGGCGGCAAGCCCGCCGACUCGAUGGGCGUCGCGAUGGCGUUUCUGCCGCAGCAGCCCGAGGCGGCGCAGCAAGCGCAGCACCUGCUCGAGACGCAGGCGGCGCUCAAGGGGUUCGAGGUCGUGGGGUGGCGGGAGGCGGACCUCCUCGAGCACGCAAAGGAGAACCCCGACUGCCCGGUCGGCGAGACGUACUUCGCCUCCCUUUCCUCGCGCACGAUCGUCUACAAGGGGAUGGUCCAGUCGGCGGUGCUCGGCCGCUUCUACGGCGACCUCACCGACGAGCGCUACACGACCAACUUCGCAAUCUACCACCGACGCUUCUCGACAAACACGGUGCCGAAGUGGCCGCUCGCGCAGCCGAUGCGCUGCCUGGCGCACAACGGCGAGAUCAACACCCUCAUCGGCAACGUCAACUGGCAGCGCGCGCUCGACGUGCAGCGUGGCCGGCGCGACCCGCUCUGCUCCGACACGAAGUCCGACUCCGCCAACCUCGACUCGGUGUUUGAGAAUGCGAUCCGCGGGACGGGCAAGCAGCCCGUGCUCGCCCUCUCUGCGCUCGUGCCCGAGGCGUACCGCGACCAGCCCGCGUACGACGACCACCCGGAGGUGACGGCGAUGCUCGACUACUAUGCGGGGCUGCAGGAGCCGUGGGACGGCCCCGCCCUCCUCACCUUCUGCGACGGCACGCAGCUGGGCGCCCAGCUCGACCGGAACGGGCUGCGGCCGGCCCGCUUCCUCGAGACCAAGGACGGGCUCGUCGCGUUCAUGUCCGAGACCGGCGUCGUCGAGGUGGACGACGCGGACGUGGUGCGCAAGGGCCGGCUGGGCCCUGGCAACUGCAUCACAAUCAACCUCGCGACGGGCGAGUUCAAGACGAACCUCGAGGUGAAGAAGGGGCUCGCCGCCGAGGCGCCCUACAGCGAGUGGAUGGCCGCCAAGGCCAAGAAGGUGCCCUACCGCGACGAGUUCGCGGUCGAGUGCGAGGCCGAGGUGCCUCCCGGCCUCGUGCAGCAGAUGACCGCCUUUGGCGGCCGCACCGCCGACCUCACCUUCGUCCCGCCGCUCCUCGCCGUCGGCGCGGUGCACCACCACCUCAUCCGCGCGGGGCUGCGCAUGCGCGCCUCCAUCCUGGUCGAGACGGCGCAGGCGUGGUCGACGCACCACAUCGCCUGCCUCGUCGGCUACGGCGCGUCGGCGGUGCACCCGUACAUGCUCUGGUCCGCGGUGCGCUUCCUGUACGAGUCGGACAAGUCGGCGAAGAUGCGCGAGCAGGGCAAGCUCAACGACAUCUCGCUGCGCGCGUCGCUCGUCAACACGCGCAAGGCGCUCGAGGCGGGCGCGCUCGAGGCGGGCGUGCUCAAGAUCCUGUCCAAGAUUGGGAUCUCGCUCCUCUCGUCGUACCACGGCGCGCAGAUCUUCGAGGCCAUCGGCAUCGGCGAGCAGCUUGUCGAGACCGCCUUCCGCGGCACCCCCUCCCGCGUGGGCGGCCUCACGCCGCCCGAGCUGGCCGAGGAGCGGCUGCUCAACUACGGCUUCGUCAAGUUUUACGCGAAGAAGGAGCACCACGAGAACACGCCGCCGAUGUCCAAGAUGCUGCACAAGGCGCUCGACUCGUACGAGGCCGGCGACUGGGACAAGGGGCGCGACCAGUACAAGCUCUUCAACGACGCCGCCAUCAUGAGGCGGUUCGCGACGGGCGGCAUGUCGCUGGGCGCCCUCUCGCGCGAGGCGCACGAGACGCUCGCGAUGGGCGUGAACCGCGCGGGCGCGCGCUCAAACUCGGGCGAGGGCGGCGAGGACGAGGCGCGCUGGACGGCGGUCUCGGACUCUGACGACCACGGCAACUCCCCGAGCUGGCCGCACCUCAAGGGGCUGCAGGACGGCGACAUCGCCUCGUCGAAGAUCAAGCAGGUGGCGUCGGGCCGCUUCGGCGUGACGCCCGCGUACCUCAUGUCCGCCGAGCAGAUCGAGAUCAAGAUCGCGCAGGGCGCAAAGCCGGGCGAGGGCGGCCAGCUGCCCGGCGCCAAGGUGAACGCGUACAUCGCCUCGAUCCGCGCGUGCAAGGAGGGGGUGAUGCUCAUCUCGCCGCCCCCGCACCACGACAUCUACUCGAUCGAGGACCUGGCCCAGCUCAUCUACGACCUGCACCAGAUCAACCCGCAGGCAAAGGUGUCCGUCAAGCUCGUGGGGCAGAUCUCGGGGGCGGACGGCGGCACCGGCGCCUCGCCGCUCACGUCGAUCAAGCACGCGGGAGGGCCGUGGGAGCUCGGGCUCGCCGAGUCGCACCAGGCGCUGCUGCUCAACAACCUGCGCGACCGCGUGGUGCUCCGCGUGGACGGAGGCCUCAAGACGGGGUACGAUGUGGUGAUGGGCGCGCUGCUCGGCGCCGACGAGUUUGGCUUCGGCACCAUCGCGAUGAUCGCGGUCGGCUGCGUCGUCGCGCGCAUCUGCCACACAAACAACUGCCCGGUCGGCGUCACGACGCAGAAGGAGGCGCUGCGCAGGAAGUUCGUGGGCGUGCCGCACGACAUGCUCGGCUUCUUCGUGCUCGCGCACCUCGGCUACGCCUCCUUCGACGAGAUCAUCGGCCGCGCCGACCUGCUGCGCCAGCGCGAGCGGCCGCUGCACAAGACUGCCAACCUCGACCUCGGCUACGUCGGCCAGAUGCCCGACGUGCGGCACGACCGCGCGUGGCAGCCGGAGGUGCCCGACCCGUGGGCGCAGACGGACACGCUCGACGACGAGCUGCUCGCGCGGGAGGACAUCAAGCGAGCCAUCGAGGCGCACGAGCAUGUGACCGUCCACUCGCCGAUCACAAACACGGACCGGACCGCCACCGCGCGCGUCACCGGCGAGAUCGCAAAGGCGCACGGGAACCGCGGCUGGCGCGGCUCGAUCCACUUCGUCUUCGAGGGCUGCGCGGGCCAGUCCUUCGGCUUCGCCUGCCUCGACGGGCUCGACCUCGAGGUGUGCGGAGACGCAAACGACUACGUCGGCAAGUCGAUGCACGGCGGCCGCAUCCGCAUCCACCCGAUCGGGGGCGAGAUCGGGUUCGAGCCGUCCGAGUCGGUGAUUGUGGGCAACACGUGCCUCUACGGCGCGACGGGCGGCCGCUUCUUCGCGGCCGGGCGCGCGGGCGAGCGCUUCUGCGUGCGAAACUCGAACGCCGAGGCGACGGGCGGCUGGGGCUACUUCCUGGAGGAGGGGGAGGGGUACAGCCUCGCGCCGCGCAUCAACCGCGACGUGCAGAUGCAGCGGGCGCACCUCGAGGCGACGGGGUCGCAAAAGGCAAAGGCGAUCCUCGACGACUGGGAGGCGGCGCUGCCCAAGUUCUGGCACGUCUUCCCCUCGUCCGAGGCAAAGGCGCCAGAGCUCGGGUCUCCGCUCUCUGCGGUCCCGGCGCUCGCAUGUGUACCAUGGGCAUUGAAGGAAAUGAAACGCGAGACGAUAACGCAGUGA